AUGUCCACCAACGCACAGAAGGGGAAACCUUGUCGCUUCUUUGCUCAAGGUGAAUGUCGCUACGGGGCUGGAUGCAAGUUUAGUCAUGAUCAAGGCAUCAGCAGUCCGGCCUCUCUUACUGUAAAAGAACGUACAAAGACAAAGACAACACGUCCACCGCGCUCGAAGAAUAUCCAGAAGGCGGAGGGCUCACCCUCGCCGCAGGUUGUCGGUGACCAGCCCCCCCAGAUACACGUGCCCGUCGCGCGUCGUGGCGUCAAGCGCGGUGGGAAGCCCUGUCACGCAUGGGCAGCUGGGUCGUGUCCAAGGGGCGAUGCAUGCCAUUUCGUUCAUGACCCUAAGGUUCAGGAAAUAGCCCGCCGCCGUGAACAAGAGAGAGCUGAGAGAGAGGAAGCCUCUCGAAGGGCUCAGGCAGCUCAAGAGGAGGUCAUUCGGACAGAACAAGAAAGAAUCAGGGAAGAAGCGCGUCAAGUACAGGAUGAACAGCGUGCUGUGCGUGAGGCCGAGCAUCGAGCGCGCAUGGCCGAGAUUGCUAGAGAAGAAGCGGCAAUGACAAGCCAGUGCGUUGUACUUGGAUCGAUUGUUACGUUCGAAACAGGACUCGGCAUCCGCGGCAUAAUUACAGGCUUUGAGUCCUGCGUUGUACGCGUUAAGAAUCUGCCUGGCGACGCGCGUGAAGACGAGGUACGCACGCUGUUCACACAGCAGGGUAUCCAGGUGGGCCACUUCCAUGUUGUGGGUACCAAGAGGACACCCGGCGGGAAGCUGGAAGCUGAGGUUGUGACGGACGCUGAGUCUGGUCAGACUUUGGCCAUCGGGUUAGACAACAUCGAGUUUAGGGACACAACGCUGACCUUCGAAGUAGGCGCAUAUAACAGUCCGGGCGGCAUGUCUGCCACUGCAGCAAAACCAUCCACAACCUUGACAAUAUCCUGGCGGGCGCCAUCUGCCCAGUAUGUGGCAGAGUUUGACGAUAUCCCUUCUGCUCAGCGUAAGGUCCCGGUGUUAAACCAGCAAUUCUUCUCCGGCCGCAAGGUCAGAGUUGAAUUGAAUACUCUCCCUCCUGGACGUAUUGUACGCAGCUUCCGGCCGAAUGCAAUUAAGAUCAGCAAUCUUCCUACAACCGUUACUGAUGACGAUGUCACCCAGUUCACUGGCUCUCAUCUGGUACGGCGUCUCAUGGGUGCAUCUAGCAGGGUGGACACGGUAGACGAUGUUGUCGCUUUUUUACGCAAUCGCAUGAAUCUCUCUCAUCCGCACAAGCUGCAAGAUUUGACAUCACAAGCCCCUCGUGUCGAUGGCACAGUUUCCGCAGAAGCGCGUUUCGCAUCUUGGGAUGACGCGCAUGAGGUUCAAGAGUCCCUCGCAGGAAAGCAAUUUCCUUGCAUCGGGAACUCGCGUUUCUGGUUCCGAUUGCCGGACUCCUUGCAGUACACCAUUACUAUUCCUCCAGAGCAAUACCAGGCCCAAAAGACCCAGUGGGCCUCACUCGUUGGGAGUAUAAAAGACAGAAAGGCGUGCAACUUGUUCAUCCACGAACAAGACAGGUUUGUUCGCAUCCGCGUGUCUGGAUCCGACAAGCGAGCUACCGGGGCCCUCAAGGUCAGAGUCGAAAGCCUGAUGACCGGAGAAAAGGUCGCAGGUUGGCAUCGCUCGCUCGGGUUCUCGAGAAAUGCGUUCGUGCGUUCUGUCUUCAUCGAGUCGGGUGCAUAUUUGCGGGCCGACUGGAGACGACAGGCUCUGAAGCUAUACGGGGAACCAGUGGCUGUAGAACAGGCUCGGGAGAUGAUAAAGGCGGAGCUGGAGCGUUUAGCCUCGACGGAAUGGUCAACGGUGUUGAAGAGGGAAUCUGUUGGGUUCUUCGUGCGGCGCGGAAUCCCGGAGCUAAAGGAGACAUUUGGAGAAGAUAGCGUUCGGUUCGACAUAGCCUCCCGCCGGGUUACUAUCACAGGCGGAGACGAGCCCCGACAUGCCUUCGACCGUCUGAUUCACGAGUCUCUUAACUCGGUGCUUGCUUCUCAAGCACAUUCCUCGACAGACAAGACGUGUCCAAUAUGCUACGACGACGUGUCGACUCCCUUUGAGCUCGGAUGUGGACACAUUUAUUGUACAGCGUGUUUGCGGCACUUCCUUGUGAGUGCGGUCGACUCUACCAAUUUCCCGCUUACUUGUAUGGGAGAUGAGGCAAAGUGUGGUGUUCCGAUCGCGAUCCCCACGAUCCAGAAAUUCUUGCCUCCUGCGUCCUUCAAUCGUUUAGUUGAAGUAGUGUUUAACGCACACGUUGCGACGCACCCGCGAGACUUCAAAUACUGCAAGACACCGGAUUGCAAUCAAAUUUAUCGCUCCGCGAACCCGACUGUGGCGAGGGCGCUCCAAUGUCCUUCGUGUUUCUCUACAGUCUGUGCGUCUUGUCAUGAGGAUGCACACCAGGACAUGAGUUGUGCAGAAUACAAAGCACGCAGCGAUCCGGCUGAGCAAGAGCGCUUGAACGACCAGUGGAUCGCAGAGCAGGGUGGUCGCGUGAAGAAAUGUCCACAAUGUCAGGUACUCAUCGAGAAGCUAGAAGGGUGUAAUCACAUGUCCUGCAAAUGCGGCGCACACAUUUGCUGGCGCUGCAUGGGCAUUUUUACCCGGAAUACAAUCUAUCCCCACAUGCAUGAGGUGCACGGCGGAAUACACGACGCAGGCCCAAUUUUCGAGCUCCGCGUAGAUCUUGCAGAGCAGCGAGAGCUCCUCCGACAGGCGGCACGCCUCCGCGAGCAGCGACAGCGCGCCAAUCUAGCGCCCAAUCCCAGGCCGGCCUUCGCGCUCUGGGGAAACGAACCAGUAUACCCACGAGAAAUAUGGCGCGAUGCCGAAGAGCGGGAGCGAGAAAUGCGCAUUCUCAGGGCACAGAGACAGCAGGAGCGAGUGGAACGUGAACGGCGGGAGGAGCGCCAGAGGGACUUGAGACGACAAUGGCUCGCCCAACAGGACAGAGAGCGACAGGAAAGAGAGCGACAGGAAAGAGAGCGAAGGGAGCGACAACAACAAGAGAAUAGAGGAUGGUGUACGGUAAUGUAG